CUGAGAGCAGGAGAUGGCUGAGUUUUAGGGCGGGAGCUAACUUUGGAAAGGUAACCUUUCGGUUUCGGACUGAGUGUGGGAAUUGGGAAUGGCAAAUUGGAACAUGUACUUUGAAAUAAUUGAAAGUCAUGAAAGACAAAAAUCCUCUGCCAGUGUUGGUGAAAAAUCAAACGAUUACAGACUUCUUUUAAGCAGUCUCCAAGUCCAGGUUGCAUAAUACUUGGCUCUCCACAGAAAAGAAAACAUUCUGAUGAGUCGUCAAGGUUUCUGCUUAAAAAUAAAGAGCAGACAUUUAAGCAUGGAGUACAUUUAUCUCAAGCAGAAAAGACAGGCCGAUCACAACUACCAAUGCCACUAAAUGGUGGCAUUAUUGAUUCGUUAAUGAAAGGAGUGAAGAAGCGAGAGACCUGCAGCAAGUUUAAAAAUACUACUGGUGUAAAUAGUGAUGGACGUUCUUCAUGUGGUGAAAUUCAGAAAUAUUUUCCAGACACCCUUCAUUAUUCGUAUGUUUUAAAAGGCGGUGUUUUAAUGAGAUCUGCUGAGACAGGUGGAAAACUGUCUGAGAAAGAUGACACUGGACUGUUUUCUGAAAAUGAGAAAAAAGAAAGGGCUCUGCCUUUAUUUUCGGAUAGGUCUUGCUUGCAUGAGAACUGCGAGAAGUCAUGCACCUUGCCAGAACUGCCAGUUGAUGUAGACAGUGGUAUAGACAGAUCGUUAUGCCCUAGAAGAGUGCACAUAUCUCCCAGAAAACCACAAGAUCAGAGUAAUGGCAUGGGGUUUCUGUCCUCCUUGGAAGUAUUCCCUAAAGAGAAACUGCUAAGGAAGGCAAUACUGGAACAGUCAGUGAGCUCAUCCUGUUUAACAGAGGUGUCAUUGUGUAGUACUAUUUCAUACCAGGACGGUCUGCCAUCAUUGAGAGAUGAAAUGUGCUCCUCAAAUGUGUGCAAAAAUGAAGACAACUUGUCGUUGACUUCUCAUGAAGACUUGCCUUAUGGAAAAAGAAAGCGGGAGUGUACAGAUGUAGAGUCUAAUAAAACAAAAAGAAAAACCUUGCCAUCAUGCUUGGAGAAACUCUAUAGUGAGGGAAGAAACGUCUCCUCUCGUUUAACCAUUGAAAUAAAAAGUGACAAUUCUGUUUUGGAACAGAAAGGUACAGCAACUCAGCAAAGGGAGUUAUUUAGUGCUAGAAACCAAGAUAUGCAAUUUAUUCCUUUUUCUUCCACUUUGGAUCAGUGCAGUAUGCACUCUCAUGUUACAACUGCCUCUUCUGGUACAGCUUUUGUCAGUGAAGAGAAGUUGAACUACAUUGAUACUGAUGAAAAUGAUAGCUGGGAUAGCUACUCAAGUGUUAAAUGGGAAAAUGAGUCAAAAAGUGCUGCAGAAAUAUGUGAUUUGGAAAGUGAUGAUGAGAAUGAAACCCCACUGCCUGUUGAGCAGAUUUUCAGUUCAAGCCUUAAACCACCACUGGAUACACCAGAUAAAAGUAGCCUUCCAACUUCAUCUCAGCAGUCUACUCCAGUAUUCAAAACGUUGUUUCCAGUUCUAAAACACAACACUUACAGCAAUGACUUAGAACGCAUGGUGAAAGAAAAAAAGGAGUUAGAAAGCUUGGAUGAACUUGAAAAAAAGCUGCAGGAUGGUAUUAAAAAGCGAUCGAGUGGUUUGUGUCUUACUGAAGAAGCUGAACAAAGCACAGAAGAUGAUGAAAGCAUUGCAGAAGAACAUAGGGAAUUUGUGCGUAGGUUUUCGAUAGUUGUGGAUGUUAUACCAGACAGCCAUCCUGCAGAAGAAAUAUUUCAUCCAGAAGACUUUGGAAAGCUUCUUUCUCCAGAAAUUCUUGAUCUGAAGAAUUAUUGCAUUAGUACUCAAAACCCACUAGAAAAACUAAUUGCCAGUGGUGAUGCCAACCUUAUUAAAGAAGUUGUGAAAGAAGAAUGGGAUAGGUUCUCAAAGAUUAGUGACUUAAAUAUAAAGUUUGAAUCUUUGAAAUUUGUAUUUAAAAAAAGGCAGAUGUAUUAA